AAAUUAAGGGCCGAAACUUGCAGGGAAUUUUUUUUUCAAUGUCUAUAACAAUAUUUUCAAGUGGGAGUGAAAAAAAAAAAUAGUCGUUCAAAACGAAUCACCCUAGUAUAUAUGCAUGACAGCGCCACUAAGAAAGCGGACCGGAAAUUUUCGCGGAACAUUCGUAUACACAAUACACGUUUAUUUCUAUAGUAGUAUACGUAAGCGCACGUAACCAAUAGGGUAGUGAAGUGUGUAAUGUGUAAUGAUUAAUUUUAUGGUGUAUGGUGUAUAAUAUAAAAAAAUAAUGUUCAUAUCGAUUUCAAGAUCUUGACAUUAAAAUGAAAGUAACUAGAAAAUAAUGCGGGAUUUCAAAAAACUUUAUCAGAGAUAAUUUGCAAAAAAUGGAUCCCGGAAAAAAUAGAAAUUGACAAGAUCAGAAAAAAAAAUUAAUUAAUUAAAAAAAAAAUUUCCAAGUGCAAUAAAAUUUAAAAAUAAAAUAAAAAUGAAUAAAAAUAAAGAAUUAACGAGUUUUGAUAAUUAUCCAUUAAAUUUAUCGACAAAUACGGAAAUUGACAGUAAAAGUGAAUUAAAUAAAUCUGGAGAAGAAAUAAAUGAUGAAUUAAUUAAUCAAAGUAAAGAAGAAACAGGUAAAAUUAAAGGACGAGUUAAAGAAGACAAAGAAAAAGAAAAAGAGGAAGUGGAAUUAAAUAUAUUUACGUAUAAAUUUAAAAAAAAUUUUUCAACGCAUAAAGGUUCGGAAGAAAAAAAUUGUGAAGAAAAAAUUGUAAAAAUUUUACCAAAUAAAUUAGAAAAAAAACACUCGCUAUCAAUUGUGGACGCGAUUGUUUCGAUUUUGGUAAUUGGGCCUCUUGUUAUUGGGCAUUGGAGAGGUGUUUGGACGCUGAUGGAUUUCUACCAAUUACCAUUUUCAGGACUAAUUUGUUUUAUAAUCGGGACAGGAUUGCACCUAAAAUUUGUUUUGUUACGCGAACUAUUUCAUUAUCAAUUCGCGGUUAUUUGGCGCGAUUCAAAUCCAAUUGGACGCGCUGGCUACCAUUUGAUUCGAUUAUUAUACACGUAUAUAUUCAGCGUGACUUGCAACAUGCAGUGGCGUGGCGGAUGGAUUGUCUUGAAUUCAAUCAUGGGUGAAAACGAUUGGUAAUAAUCAAUAAGUCCAUUUCAGCAGUGACUAUUUUAUUUAUCGUCAUACUUUUGGUCCUUCGAUCCAGUAGAAAUUUAUUGGCGCCGCCGUUUAUUAUUGUCGCAGACAUACCAAACUAUAUAUUUAAAUUUCCUACGAGGUAUCG